GGCCCGUCCUCGGAGCGCCACUUGCCCGGCCCCCGCCCGCCGCUCGAAAACAUGGCCCCCAAGAAAGUGGAAGCCAAGAAGCCCGCAGAAGCCAAGAAGGCAGCAGAGGCUAAGAAGGACGAGACCGCUGUCGCGGUGGCGCCGGCCAAAGCUCCGGAAGUCGAAGGCGGCGGCACAUGCCAGGCGGACCCGAAGAGCGUGGUGCUGGAGUUCAGCACCGAGCAGCUGGAGGAGUUCCGCGAUGCCUUCGCGCUGUUCGACGAGACGCCGGCGGGCGAGAUGAAGAUCACCUACGCUCAAUGCGGCGACGUGAUGCGAGCGCUGGGACACAACCCGACCAACGAUGACGUCCUGAAGCUGCUGGGUCGGCCCAAAGCCGAGGAGAUGCGUGCCAAGCUGCUGGACUUUGACGCCUUCCUGCCCUUGCUGCAGCACGUGGCCGGCGCCAAGGACCAGGGACACUUUGAGGACUUCGUGGAAGGGCUGCGGGUGUUCGACAAGGAGGGCAACGGCACCGUCAUGGGGGCCGAGCUGCGCCACGUCCUCUCCACCCUGGGCGAGAAGAUGACGGAGGACGAGGUGGACCGGCUCAUGGCCGGACAGGAAGACGCAAACGGCCACGUCAACUACACGGACUUUGUCAAACACAUCAUGGCCGGAUGAAGACGGCUUCUUGUCGCCUCUCGGUGUGUCUGUGCGUGAAUGUCACGUUGAAAGAAUGACGCCAAUAAAGACCUUCUUGGUCUGUCUCUUUUA